AUGCGUAACGUCAAUGUUGUGGAGCGGGCCAGUGUCGGCCGCUGCUUGGAAGCAUCGGAACCAAUCUCCACUGGCGAGAUCUUGCUCGUCGAGGAGCCGCUGUUUGUGUCUGCGUGGGGUGAAGAGCUGAAGCGGCUGGCAGCGGAGCUGUUCAAAACACUUUCAACGCCGUUGGAGCUUCCACUCGUCACUCAGCUCUUCAUCACGGUUUUGGGGGAGAUAGUGAGGGGAUCCAGAGCUGCUGUCCUCUCACGGCUGUCGCAACUUCGGGGCCAUCCAGAGCAGUGGUGCCAGACCGUGGGCAAUCUCCAUGCAGCACUGAGGGAAGAAUUCGGCAGUAAGUUGGACCUUUCUGAACUUCUGGACCUUUAUUCCAAGCUUGCUGCAAAUGCACAUGAAACAGACGACAAGCGUGCAGCAGUUUAUUCCAUCGGAAGCCUGGCUGAGCACAGCUGCAGGCCAUCUGCUUUCAAGUGUGUGCUUGCAAAGAGACAUACUUUGGUGAUCCGAGCACUGUCCGACCUGGCGACAGGAGACAUUGUAUCACUGGCCUACAUUCCCGAGUACUUUCCUACGUGGCACCGCCAGGAGCUCCUCCAGCGGAGUUUCAACUUUCACUGUGGCUGCCAAAGGUGCACGGAGGAAGAACCAGAGGUGGUAUGUGCUUUCCUUUGCCCAGACUGCGCUUCCCCAUGCUGUCCUCCGCGGCCAUGCCGAUCUCCGGGCGACUUUGAUAUGCUGCUCUGCGAAGAGUGCGGGUUUCGAGUCGAAGAUGAGCAGCUCCAAGCUUUCCGAGAAGCAGAGCGUUGUGAGCGGCUUUGCAACGAUUGCACCCCCUACCUGCAUCCCUAUCAUUUCAGGAUCUUUCACAUGUACCUGGGCAACCUGCAGCUCGUUUCACCAGAACAGCGCCUUGACAUUCUGGAGCAGCUGGAAGAUGCCCACGGCCGCCUUGGCAAUCGCGUCCAUCCCCUUCAUGCCAAGUUCGAGGAGCUGAAAGCCCGCUGCUGGCAUCUCCAGGACGACAGCUCUGCGACUGCCACCGCCUACGAGCGAGCUGCCGAGCUUUAUGCCCUCACGCACGGCACGGAGGCGGAAGAGUGCCGGCGCUGCGCCGCAGCGGCGGCUGCGAUUCAAAGAGAAACGGAGGGAGGUAUCCAUCAGUGGGAAGGCAAGGGAUCUGUGGACUCACAGUCUGUGGAGAGUAACGUCGUGGGACUGGAGCGUAAGGCUCACGAUUCAGGUAUGCUAUGGAAUGCGUUCUUGUUGAGCGCAUUGAACUUCUUCGUGGACAUUGAGAAGACGCUGGGCUUUCAAUCUGUCUCCGCAAGCCCCUCAUUUGCUUUGCUGAGACACUUGGUUGCUUUGCAAGGGGCUCUGGUUCUGGUGUCGAAAGGCUUCUUGGGAGGCAUUUCAGAAUGCUUAUGGGUGCACUUCCAACAAGUCGAUCACAAAGAGUCGAUGGGAACGAGGCUGCAGCAACUCAAGAACCUCAAGCGCCAAGUGACCGGGACCCAGGCCACAGGAGAUGCCGUCCCAGCCUUCAUCUCGCUUCUGAGCUGCAAUGUGGCCCGUCACGGGGCCACGAUCAUUGAGGCUGUGGCCUCCAUGCUUCGGGUGCAGAACGCUGCGGUGGCAGCUUUUCAAGAGGUUGACAUCAACAGGGACACUGCUCCCGGCUUUGCAGUGGCAUGGCGGCGUCAGGGUUUCCGAACUGUUCUUGGGCCCGCGGACCGCCGAAAUCGACACAGGGUUGCAUUGAUCUCGUGCCUUCCAAUGCAGCCAGUUCAGAUUGAGAUGGAAGUUGCACGGGAUCGGGUCGCUGCCGGCCUGGUCUCCAUGCCCUUGGGAGACAGAACUGUCGCGGUUCUCGUUGUCUCCUUUUAUGGUUAUCCCUGGGACUUGCCCCGCACCAACACUGCCUUUAGCACCUUGAUGCGGGAAAUUUCGGUGUUUGGCGGCCCUUUCGUCAUUUUGGGGGAUUUCAACUGUACCCAAACCGAGGGUGUUAUUGCCACCUCCCUCUGCUCACGUGCUGUGAGGGCUGCUGAUGAGGCUUACUCGUUUGAGCCGCCGCACACUAACCCCUCCAACACGCGCCGCAUCGACUUUGGGCUGACUCACCUGGACUUGGUGGCAACGGCUGGGCACACCUUUCGCCAACCUGAGAUUUCUGACCAUGGGAUCAUUCGAGUUGACUUCGGGGGUGAUAGUUUUCAGUCCUCUUGGCAGCGGCCUCGCUUUCACAGCUUCGCUGGUCCCAGGCCUGAGACGGCUCCCUCUUUGGAGUUUCCACAAUCUGAGCUGGACGACUUGCUCAGGCAUGCCAGUUUGGACGAAGCUUGGACUUUGCUUUCCGACUGGGCCGAGGAUUACCUUGACAUUGGCCGUGCCUCUCAACGCAGAAGCCAGCCGUGGCGACCGGAGACACGGGAGCUCCCCUGCGGAGCACCGACACGCGAUGGCCACGAACCCCGGCCUCUUCGUGCCUUACGGCAUCUGGCGCGCCGCCUGCAGCAGCUUGUGCAGGAGCCCUGGAACACUGCACUCUGCCAGCGCCUGACCAAGUCGCUGGGCCAUGCUCGGGCUCAGGUACCAGACCUCCCUUGCGUUGACCCGGCUUCUCCAGCACAGGCCCUGCCGUCAAUCAACGAGAUGAUUGAGUCGCACCGGGCCGCCCAUCGUGACACCUGCUUGAGUAAGUGGCGCGAAAAGAUCCAGGAGUCGCCGACCCGAGCCAUCAACUGGAUCAAGCGUCGGGCUGACCUUGAUAUGGAGCUGCAGCAGCCUCCUCCGUUGGGAGCUGCCAUGCAGGGUACAGUGCAUCCUGCCCAACGGGUGCAGGAGCAAGGGGAGAUCUGGAUUCGGCGGUGGCAAACCCCCUCUACUGAGGCUGAUCUGCCCGCUUACCGUCGCCUGCUGCAAAACCUGCCUCAGCACACCCCGGCCACUCUGGACUUGGUCCCCACGGUGCAGGAGCUCAAGGGGGCAAUGGGCAAGAUGAAAUCUAAAGCACCUGGGGCUGAUGCCUGGCAGGCCAGCAUGUUUCUGGCGCUUCCCCCAGCCUGGUGGACUGGUUUUCAGAAGCUUUGGGCCGCCGUGGUCACGACGGGGCGAGUGCCGAGCAUUUGGCGCCGGUCUUUGAUUGUUUUGUUGUCGAAGCGCAACAACACUACGCGACCUGUGGCCUUGUUGCCAAUGGCAUGGCGGGCGGGAUCUCGGGUCCUUGCCAGGCGGCUGCAGAGCUGGGUCCUUCAGUGGAACGACCAUCGUGCUUGUGGGGCUGCUCCGGGUAAGAGUGUGGCCGACGUUCAUGCCCGUAUCCUGCAGGCCUGGAAUUUGGGCACUCGGGCUUUCAUUCAACAAGAUCUUAGUGCUUUCUUCGACUCGUUGAGUGUGCCAGUGAUCACUGAAACGUUGCGCCACCUUGGGGCACCGGAAACCUUGACUCAGCUCGUUUCCAACUUUUACGCUCAGCAGCUUCGCCUGUUUGUGGUGGAAAGCCACACCACCCCCUUUUGGAGGCCGGCUCACGUAGGGUUGCUCCAGGGCUGCCCGUUAAGCCCGGUCCUCAGCCUUUGUGUAGGACACCUCUGGACUCAACAUGUGUCUUCUCGGCAAGUGGAAACGGGCAUUUUCGUUGAUGACAGAGUGCUGUGGAUGCCUGAUGAAGGCAGGUCAUCUGCGCAGACAGCGCAGCAGGCCUUGCAGCGCAGUGAUGAGUUCGACAAGGCUGCUGGCCUGACUUGUUCCCGUCCCAAGUGUCAUUUGGUGACCGAGGACCCAAAUAGCCCUUGGAGAUCUGUGGCACACGAGCGCGGUUACACCGUGGUGUCGAGCCUUCAGUUUCUUGGCAUCGACCUCUCCCUGGCGACUGGCACUGCUCGCCCUCUGAAGCUUUGUUUGGCCAAAUUGCGUGCAAGGCUCAGGCAUGCCACCAACCCUGCUUUUAGCCUUGGGGCGAAGUUUCAGGUCAUCAGAUCCUUGAUUUUCCCAGCCCUGUUCUGGGCGGCGGGUGUUGCUCUGCCUGAGCAGGAGGAGCUGUGUGCAAUCAGGCUCUCUGUGAGCCAUGCCCUCCAAGCCGUGCUGACCUUCGAAGCACCUCGGGUGCUCACCGGCCAGGUGCUCGGCUGGUCUUCGGACCCUUUCUGGAUGGCUGAUUGGGCUUCUUUGUCUGCCUUAGCCCGCUCGUUGAUCCGUCCCCCUGAUGGGUCGGAAAAGGACAUGCUUAGCUCGCUGCGAGUCGCCCGGACCGCGGGAGUUCCUGCUGCCAUCCAGACGCUGCAGCGCUUGGGCUGGCAACUAGACGUUGCAAACCGUUGCCUUCUGCGCCGAGACGAUCGGGGCACGUUGCGGGCCUUUCGCUUCGGGGAAGACUCCAUGCAGGCCCUUCGCUGGUGGCUCACAGAGCAUCAUGUGCAGGAGGCAACAAGGACCUGUGGUCGCGUUGCCAGGCGAAUGCAUCGGGAUGACCCCACCCUUGCGGUGGGCUUGGACCUUCCCCCUCCGGGGGCUGACCUCAGGUUUGCCUUUUUGGGUCACGGCCUUGAGUAUAAGACUGCUGCCUCGUCUAACGCGAAGAGAGCUUGCCUUGUGACGGGGGGCACUGCAUGGCACUUUGGGCGCAGAACUGGCGGCACUCAAAAUGCCUGCCUUUGUGGUCGCACCUGGCCGUCCCGAUCUCAUUUGCUCUGGACUUGCCCUGAACUCCACGAGAUUCGGGCAAAUCUCGCCCCGCCGAUAAAUCGGGUUGAAGAAAGACUCUUAGGGUGUCCACUCUCGGAGUAUCCGGCUCCGCCUCAGGAGGUGGUCCCUUGUCGAGGGCCCCUGGUGCAACUGUUUGAGGCAGCCGCCGAUGCCUGCAUCGAGGAGAUGACGCUGGCCACUGACGGCUCCAGCCUGGAGGGCAUUGGAAGCUUUGGCAUUGCUUGCGAUCGGCCUCGGGCCCGGAUUGCAGGUGCCGACACCUGCGAAGAUCAAGCACCAUUUAGAAUGGAAUUGAAAGCUUUGGAGGAGCUGUUGGCCGCUUUGCUGGCGACGCCGCGGCCCCCGCGACGAGUCUGGAUCCUGGUUGAUUGCCAAUCCGCGAUCCGAGCCCUAUGCUGCCCGAGUCAGUGCUCUCUCAGGCUUUUGGCGGCUAAGGCUUUUCAGUCUGGUCAUGAUUUGCGCCGUCGAGGCGUUGACUGGUCGAUGGUGUGGAUUCCGAGCCAUGGAAAAGGACCCUCGUGGUCCGCUCCCGCAGGAGUGCCUGCGACGACGGAGGAGUGCAGACGGCUGAAUGCUGCGGCUGACACGGAGGCGAACACGCUUUGCAAGCGGCGGCAUCGCACCUCGCUCAGGGCAGACUGGCAACUGGAGGCUGCUCGUGCAACUGCUGUGGAGAGAGCUAGGGUCAAGGCGUUGACACAAGCCUCUGCGAGUUUGGAAAGUCAUUUGUGUACAGCCAGGGCUCGCGUCCCUGGAGUUGUGUAUGACGAUGUAUAG